GAUGCCGACCCCUGCGCUGCUUACUUAUAACAAUCGCGAGCUUGGUGAUUUUGAAAAAUCGAAUGAAGUUGACCAAAAAGCAGAAACAUUCGAAACUGUAGAAGAUUUCUUAGCCAAAUAUGCUGAUCAGAAAUUUGCAAGGCCUAUCAACAAGUUAUUAAUUGCUAAUAAUGGAAUGGCUGCAUUUAAAUGUGUUAUGUCUAUAAGGCGAUGGGCGCAAGAGACAUUUAAGGAUGAUCGACGAAUAAAAUUUAUAAAUUUAACGACAGAACAAGAAGUUGCUUCCAAUCCAGAAUAUCUUAAAAUGAUUGAUAAUUUUGUAUUCUCUGAAUCUGGUGGUAAUGAAAGCAAUUAUGCAAAUGUGGAUGAAAUCUUAAAGCAUUCAGUAAGUGGUGAAGUUGAUGCAGUAUGGGCGGGAUGGGGCCAUGCAUCCGAGAAUCCUGAUCUUCCUAAUGGGUUGAUGGAAAGGAAUAUCUUGUUUUUAGUACCUGUCCUUCCAUGGUCAGGAUCCAAUAUUUUUUUGCCGGAAGAGGAUUGCCAAGAUUAUCGUACAGAUAUAGAAGUUAGUGAAGAAAUACGUCAACGAGCUUGUGUAACGAAUCACGAAGAAGCCAUAUGCGUUUUAAAGGAGAAAAAAAUUCCUUAUCCAGUGAUGAUAAAAGCUUCUGAAGGUGGAGGAGGUAAAGGUAUUCGUCGAGUUACUUGUGAAGCCGAUUUUGAAAUAAGCUUUCGUCGAGCUGAAGUACCAGGUGGACAUAUUUUUUUAAUGCAUUGUCUGGAAGGAGCUAGGCAUAUUGAAGUGCAACUUCUUGGUGAUAUGUAUGGGCAAGUAAUAGCAUUAAGAACUAGAGAUUGUUCGGUGCAACGGCGUUGCCAGAAAAUUAUUGAAGAAGGUCCAGCUAUAGCUGCUCCAACUUAUGUUCAAAAAUCCAUGGAGGCUGAUGCUGUUCGGCUGGCAAAGAUGGUUGGAUAUUUUAGUGCAGGUACAGUGGAAUAUCUUUAUCUCCCGAAAAAUCAGCAGUAUUUCUUUCUUGAAUUAAAUCCUCGUUUGCAAGUUGAAAAUCCUUGA